CUUUCAUUCAGCGCCUCGGUCAAAGACGACGAGGCUCAGCGUCACACAACGCCGUCGUACGUAGUUUGCGCUCGGCUUGAUACUCGGACCGCAGUCUUUGCUCCUGACGAUAAAGAAGUCUCGCUCCCGUGGCACAAGAGCGGGGUCUGCGCCAUUGGGUUCGAGUCAGGCUGUCUCUCUCCUUGCCCCCCCCCUCUCUAUCACACCUUUCUUUGUUAUACUUGCGCACCGAGAUACAUCUCCGAGAGGGGUUUACAGAAACUCGGGAUUCAACUACUACUGCAUAAUCAUUGCCACGUGCUACGCAUUACUUUCCGCCACCACCACCACCAUCAUCAUCAUGGGCUCCUCAGAAGCGGCAAUCCUGUCCGUCAAGAGCCAGGUCCUGUUGGGGACGUUUGUGCACAGCAAGACGGCUCAGGCGCUGGAAUACAUGCACAACACCGCCAUCGCCGUCGACUCGCACGGCACAGUCGUCGGCAUCGAGAGGGACGCGGACGACGUCGAGAGUGCCAAGGGCAAGCUGCUCGCUAGCCUGGGCUGGUGCGAGUCCGAUGUUCAUGUUUGCGCGAGCAGGGAGGGCCAGUUCUUCUUCCCUGGCUUCAUAGACACGCAUGUUCAUGCGCCCCAGUACGCAAAUGUGGGCAUAUUUGGCAAGUCGUCCCUGCUUGGCUGGCUCGAGAAGUACACGUUCCCUCUCGAGUCGAGCCUCAAGGAUCUCGACAGGGCCCGCAUGGUGUACAACGCCUGCGUGAGACGGACUCUUUCCCACGGUACCACGACGGCCGCGUACUAUGCUACCAUCGAUGUUGCUGCCACCAACUUGCUGUCCAAGCUGUGCCUGGACCGCGGCCAGCGGGCAUUCAUUGGCAGGGUUUGCAUGGACCGGCCAGUGAUUUGCCCCGACUACUACAGGGACGAAUCGGCGGAGCAGGCCCUCAAGUUGACCCUUGAUUCCAUUGCGUACAUCAACAAGAUCGACCCCAAGCACGACAUGGUGUCGCCCAUUCUGACGCCGCGCUUCGCCCCGGCCUGCACCUCGGAGGCCAUGCACGCCCUGUCCAAGGUCCAACGCCAGCUGAACCUGCCGGUGCAGACGCACAUCUCGGAGAACAAGGACGAGGUCUGCCUUGUGCGCGACCUGUUCCCGGACGCCAAGUCGUAUGCCGACGUCUACGACAAGCACGGCCUGCUGACGCCCAAGACGAUCCUCGCCCACGCCGUGCACAUCACCGACGCGGAGGCGGACCUCAUCGUCGCGCGCAAGUCCAAGAUUGCCCACUGCCCCUGCAGCAACAGCUCCCUGACGAGCGGCGAGGCCCGCGUCCGGUGGAUGUGGGACAAGGGCAUCGAUGUCGGCCUGGGCACAGACAUGAGCGGCGGCUACAGCCCGUCGAUCCUCGAGGCAGCGCGGCACGCGGCCCUCGUCAGCAGGCACCUCGCCGUGGACAUUGCCGACUGCAAGGAGCGCGAGAGGGUCAAGCUCACGGUGGACGAGGCGCUGUUCCUCGCGACGAGGGGCGGGGCCAAGGUGGUCGGGCUCGAGGACAAGGUCGGCGGCUUCGACGUGGGCAAGAAGUGGGACGCGCAGCUCGUGGGCCUGGCCGUGGUACGGCCGGACGGCUCGCGUGAAGGAGAGAGGGAGCCGCCGCCUGCGCAUCACCACCACCACCACCACCAUCACCACGGCGGCGGCGGCGACGAGGAGCACAAUGCCCGCCAGCGCGGUGACGCCGGCAACGUGGACAUUUUUGGGUGGGAGGCGUGGGAAGACCGCGUGGCUAAGUGGGUGUACAAUGGCGACGACCGCAACACCAAGAUGGUCUGGGUCAACGGCAGGCUGGUACACUCUCGGCCGUGAGGACAGCGAGGACGAGGAUCGAGGAAGAGAUGUCUCUUGACGGGACGACAUACUUGGCACAAGGUUGGAAAUUUCAAAAGCCAGAGAAAGCGUGGUAGAUUAUGGAGUAUCUACCUCUCCAUCUAUUUGGAAUACUGACGGUCUAGACAAACCAAGUAUCGCUUGUGAAUCAUCGCUGGCUUCCGUGUCCCUCACGCUCUUACAAGACUAUGACGACGGACCUAACCCGGCCUCUCCGGCAUCCGAAAUUCAAGGCCCGCUCCCCUUUCUCCCCCCCCCUCAACUUCACGAUCCAGGUU